UGUGUUGCGGCAGCGACCCGGAGAGAGAGAUCGAGGAGUCGGGGGAGCCGGGUGGGAAUUUGGGCAUUGGCAGCCAUCCGGUCUCAGGGGCAGACUGGAGCUGCCACCGUUACCCCAGCCCUAUGAAUUACAGCAGCAUGCUUGAGAUCUUAUCUCCUACCUCUACCAUACCAGUUGACUUCACUAUGCAGCUCUACCUUCCUUCUCAAUUCAAGCAACGGAACUGCACCCGAAAGAGAACACUGAGAGUAACGCAGCCACUUCGGCCGUGCAUCCAGCUUCGGCUUGGUGAAGAUACACCAGCCGAGAAGCGCAGAAGCAAGGAGCAGAAACGUGUUUCCUUUGCUGACAGCAAGGGCUUACCUCUGACUGCAGUUAAGUUCUUUGAUUUGCACAGCCUAGAUUUUUCCGUCAACGUUGAUGAGUUGAUCAGUAGUUUAGUGGAUCUAAAGACAGAAGAUGGAAACAGCCUGCUCUUGGACUUUGCACAGCCCACUUCCGAUUUCCUGGAUUUCAAGAACCGUUUGGAAGCUGACUUUGUUUGCCUUGAGAACUGCCUGCUGCAGGAGGGUAAGAUCAUGGGGACUAUCAAAGUGAAAAAUAUUGCUUUUGAGAAGUCUUUGAAAGUUAGGAUAACAUUUGACACCUGGAAAACCUUUCAGGACCAUGAUUGCUGCUAUGUCCAAGAUUCUUAUGGUGGCUCGGAUAGAGACACUUUCACGUUCAAGGUGUGCUUGCCAGUAUACAUUGCGCCACAUGAAAGAAUAGAGUUUGCCAUCUGUUAUGAAUGUGGAGGGAAGAUCUUUUGGGAUAAUAACAAAGGGGAAAAUUACAGGUUGAUCCGAUCAGAGCUGAAACACACUCCGGAGAUGGGCAAAUCAAAUCAGUCACUGGAUGCCUUGUUAACAGGUUCUAACCAAAUGUCAGGUUAUGGAAUUGAGUUUGAUUGCUUUGGUGGGCUCAGAUGCUCCUAUGGUGUAUUCCCUGAAUGGCCCAGCUAUGCCGGUUAUGACAAAACUGGACCAUAUUACUGAGCAAUUUACUUGGUUUUAAGUAUACAUAUGCUGGGUUAUAGUAAGGCAGCUGCAGGUUAUAACCAUUAAUAUGUGUUCUGCCAGCAUGUCCAAAACUUGCUCAUUUAAUAAAUCUGUUGUGUCAGUAUGCAAAUGUGUGCUGCAAAUCAGAAUGAGUGCCUUCUGCAGAUUACAGAAUCGAAUUCCAAGCACUAAACUUUGGGAUUCUGUGUGCCAAGUUUUAUAAUUGAUCUGUGACGCUGAUCAAUUCAAGGAUUCCUUUCAAUUACUGUACCUCUGAUUCUUCCUGACUCUUCCGAACAGCUUCAAAGUAUUUGAAGAAGCUAUUAUUGUGCAAUUUUGAACACUUGGAACAAAGUUGUGGUUAUUGUAAUGGAGCUGUCACAUCUGAAACUGUGCUGGUCACUACAAACGUGCCUAGAUGUCUAAGCUACUGAUCUUUUUCAGUUAUUCAUUUUGCAAAGUAAUAAAACUUUCCUUGUUUUAACCUGCUUACAGGUUUGGCUUUUGAGCAAAGAUAAGUCUAGUGGCUGCUUAUUUUUGUAAAUACAAUCCACUGCAGAGUUGUGUACAUUCUAGUCAAUGGAUGUGACAGCAAACUGGUUUGAUCAGUUUUAACUAUCUGGGGGGUAAAGGUUGAACACAUUCAUAGACAUGUAGAAAUUUUGCAAUGGAUGAUCAUAUUAAUUAUUUCUUGCAUUCACAGAAGUAAUUUGAACUAUGUUUUUAAAAUCCUGCACAUUAUAGAAGAGGAUUUUUAUGAAGAAAUAUUUUAUUGAUUGCUGUUUGUGUGUUGUUUUAAUUAGUGGAUUAUUCUGAAAUUGGGAGGAGCUUGCUGUGAGCACCAAUGACUGUUUCUGUUGUGAAUCAUUUAGACUACUUGCUAAACCUGAGCCUAUGUAACUCUCUGAAUUAUCAUGAGCAAGCAAGAAUAUGCAUCAUUGUGAUGACCUGAAGGGAUGGAUUAAAAUGCAGCUCCUUUGCACCCCUAAAAUUUCAUGCCCAAGUGACUGUGCAGCAAACACGUGAGAAGAAUGUGCUGAGACACAGGAAGAUGAACAUUGCAUCCCCUGAAGGGUGCUGUCCAUGACAACCACUUCCCAACAGCAAGAAUCAGUGAGGCGCCUGGGCCCAGUCACGUUGUCACUGAGAAAGCUGUCCAAGAGCCCCAACUAGUGCUUCUGAGCGAGUUGACGUGAAGGUCAGUCUGCAGCAGACCCUUGAGCUCUAAUCUUCUGCAGUGAAGGAUUUCAUUGAAAGGCCUAGAUAGUGAAUUCAGAGAAAAUAGGGUCUUAAAAAAUACACAAGGCCUUUCUUCAUAUUAAAUGGCAGAGCAGAUUUGAUAGGCUUGGUGGCCUAAUUCUGCUCCUAUAGUUUAUGGUCUUAUAGUAUUAGCACUUUACUUAUCUUUUGGCUUCAUUGCACACUGACACAGAUGAUGCAUUUCACUGUGUGUUUCGAUGGACAUGUGACCAAUACAGCUAACCUUUGAACCUCCGCAGUUGAGCACUGUCCAAUGAUUCUACUGCCCAUUUUGCAUCCAAACAAGACCUACCUUUUGACUUUUACCUUGCAGCAUCAGCUCUUUGCCAUUUAAUCUCCUUCCACCCAACCACAGGCCUUCCCUCUAGGUCUUUCCACUUCUCCCUUUUUCUAUAAAAUGUAAUUAUUUCCUCUUGCAGCCUUGAUAGGUCAUUGAUCUGAAUCACUAACCAUUCCUUGCAUUAGGGUUCUAACCCUAACCAUUCCUUGCUCUGCAGAUACCACUCGACCUCAGAGGAUUUCCAGCAUUUUGUUUUCAAAAUGUGUCUGCCCCCAAUUCCACAGCUUCUGAAGCUUGUAAAAUGCAAUGUGAUUUCAAUCCAAUUUAGUGCAGUGAUUAUCUGUGACAGUUCAUGGCUUCUUACAGUGCAUAUUAACAGUUCCAUCAUCCUUUGCCUACAUAAAUCUCAUAACACUUAGGUAGGUCUUGGAACGACAACAGAAUAGCUUGAAUUCUUUCUUUACAUAAAUCUCUUAACACUUAGGUAGGUCUUGGAACGACAACAGAAUGGUUUGAAUUCUUUCUUUAGGUGCAACACUCUAGGCAUUCAGCUAGUGCUUUAGGGAAUAUGUUACUCAAGGCUUUCCUUAUUUCCUAAAGAUGCAAAAUGUUUGCUUUGGCUGAGAAUUUCAGAAAUUAUGACCUUUUUAUCUUUUCCAGCAAUGUCAUAAAAUCUUAGAGUUAUAACAUUGUUGAUGCAAAAGAGACCGUAAGGUUCUUGUCAGCUUGAGUAGAGUAAUACUAUCCAUUUCAUUCUUCACUCCUUCCCACUGUGCUAAUUGUUCUCAAGUUCACCAUUGAUUCCACUUCCUUCAUCUCUCCAGAUCUUGCUUUCACAUUCCCACUUGCAUCUUAUCCCAAGGUGUUAAAUCCAUUCUCCUAGUUGUGGAACCCUGCGCUAAGUCGUAACAUUACCUUCUCUGUAAAUCAGUCACUUGGUUAAAUUCCUUCUCACCCAUUUUUGCUCCAAGAAUAACAAUCCUAGCUUCUGCAGUUGAAUCUAAUAGCAGAAAUUUCUCAACCCUAGAACCAUUCGUUCCUAUGCCCUCUCAGAGAUUGUUAUAUCCUUCUGAAAGAAUAAUUGAUGGCAAUAUUGAAGUUGUGGUCAGUCCUAGUAGUUGCACAAAUUUCAUAUCAUAUAUCUACCAUUGUACACUUCUGUGGAUCCCAGGAUGCUAUAUGCACUUCCACUUAAACAGAUUUAUGUAAAUGUCCUCAAUGCUACACUCUUUACCUGUAGAUCUUAAUUCCAACCCUCUUCCCUAAUACAAUUUUAUUUUGAAAGUUGUAGAUCAUUAUUGGAUAAUCUUGCCUCUGCAGAGCUGGUACUUGCAUUUAAGCUAUGGUGGGUAGAGAAGUUUUCUAACUUCAUUUAGGCAUGUGGGUUUGGUCAAUCUGUCACCCAGGAGAGACUUGUAUUAAUUAUUUACCCUCCUUUUAAUUUAAAAGGAGUCUUAAAAAGGCUCGGCCAUGAAGAAAAAUAUAUUAGACCUUCUGCAGAUGAAAGAGGCUGAUACUUUUUGUUUAGUAAGUUACAGGAGACAUGAGCCAAGUUGCAAAAGGAAUACAAUCCAGUUAAUUGUUGAGUUGGCCCAAGGGGGCAGAAUGGCCUCUGAUAUCCAUGGGUAUAUGUACUUUGUGGCUGUUGUACAAUUUCGAUGACCACUGGCCUGUGAACAAUAUUGUCUUUGUACUUUAUACAAUAAAAAUUGUCUUCAAGUCAAAUUCUUCACUUGUAUCUUUUUCUGACUCAAAAUUGCCUUUUAAACCUGGUUUCCUACCUGGCUGGGCAGAUUUCAUUUUGAAAUUACUGCAUUAAAUGUACAGGGAUUUGGGAGAAGAAAGAUGGCAGGCAGAUAAAAACGAUAAUCAAGACAAAGCUGAUGCAAGUGUGGAUAUUUGCUUCCUGUGCCAGGGAGCUUUCUAAACACAGCAGUUGCCACUUAUAAGGGUCAAACAAUUUAAGUUAAACUUAGCACUAAAUUCAUCAAAUAGCGCUCUUCAAUUCUUACUGUAAUUGAAGUUGGAAGGGCAGCUUUGCAAACAUACAAAUUGUCUGUAGAAAUCAGGAUGAUAGGUUACUGCACCUGUCUUACUGCUGAAGAGGUGCAGCAUAAGACAUUGCGUUAUUAUUUAGCUUUUCUUAAAAAAAACACAAUGCUGGGUAAGUUGUUUAGUUCAGCUAUACAACUUAGUGCAGACCAGAUGGAGACAAUCACUUAGUAUAUCAAUGACUGAUCUAUUAAUGCAUUGGAAAAUUUAUGUACUCAGGGAAGUCAGCUUCACAGCAUUAAUUGUGGGUACUUGGGAUUUGUGUCUCCAAGAAGCUUUGAAACCAAUUGUGUUGAAAGUUAUCUGAAAGAAUAUGAAAUGUGUCAAUCACCCAUGUGGUAAAGGCACUGUAAAUAGACAAAGGGUCUCGGCCCAAGACUGCACCUUUCAACGGAUGCUGCCCGACCUGCUGAGUUCAUCCAGCUUGUUUGUACUGUAAAUAGAGAAGUUCAGGAUCAGGAAUGGGGUAAGGAACAUUAAGAAGCAUUAAAGAACACAGAGGUAACAAGUCCAUUCCAAUGCCUUCAAUUUUUGCGACAUCUUUGUUAUGUCUUUUUAGAUUAUAAAGAUCGUACCUGUGUUUUGGAAAUCCUUUGUUUUACAAAUUGUUUGAAAUUUAGAAAUCUUUUAUAAGAUGGAGAUCCUCAGUGAGUUUUAAAUGUGUUUUAGUGAUGUUGUUUGGUUUUAAAAGUGUAUCACUAAAAAUAAAUGAA